CGCGCCCAAUCUCUCCACUCGAUCGUCAUUAUUUAUGUUUUUCUGUGCGCGAUCGACCAACCACGCAAUUCCAUUCAAUCUUCCUCUGUAUGGCUGAUGUUAUUCUGUCAGUUAAGAUGCGAUUCGCGUUUUGGUUUCAGGUGAAAACGCGGUGGAAUAUAUAGGAUACAUAGGUUUUGCUAAUUUCUUAAUGGGUGAUAAAACAAACUUUACGCGCCCAGACGCGCGACACCGAGCGCAGCUGGUGGUCAAGAAGAAGUGGAUCAUUAGGUUAUGAGGAACGAAGCACCUGCAGGACUUUGACCUGUUUAUGAUACACUCAAUGAAAGCACUUAACUCAGGCUAAUAACGCGCAAUAAUUGAUCCUAAUGCUCUCAUCGAAACUGUCUCCCGUGGGAGCGAGAGCGAGGAGAUGCCUCACGCCUGAAUGUUCUCCUUGGGUGAGCUUAUCUUUCUCUUUGGGAUUUAAUGGCACAUAUCUGAUUGUUGAGAGGAGACAUUAAGAAAAAAAUAACAGUAUGCUGGUUUGGAACAACUUAAUGUGUCUUGUCAGAAUUACAAAAUCAUGGUCCUGGAAAGAAGUGUAUGAUCACCUGAUAUAAACCAACAACAACCAGAGGAGGCGGAACAAUGCCAGACUCCGCCCUCUCUCCACCCGUUCCACCAAUCACCACUCUGAACUGUUCCUUGGACGUAUCGAAUUGCUCUUUCGCUAACCUCUCUACAAUCGCAUAUGGCGAUGAGUGCUAUGGCAGCCACUCUUUGUUUGUUGUAAUGGCGGUUGCAUACAGUGCUGUGGUACUGUUGGGUGUCGUCGGCAACCUGGCUCUCAUCCUUGUCAUCACACGGCAACGGGAACUACACAAUGUCACAAAUGUCCUAAUUUCAAAUCUCUCUGUUUCGGACCUGCUGAUGUCCCUAGUGUGUCUGCCGUUCACCUUCAUCUACACCUUCAUGGACCACUGGGUGUUCGGCGCGGUCAUGUGCAAACUCAACAGCCUGGUCCAGUGCUGCUCCGUCUCGGUGUCCAUCUUCUCCUUGGUUCUGAUCGCCAUUGAAAGGCACCAGCUCAUCCUACACCCUCGCGGAUGGAGGCCCAGCCUGAACCACGCCUGCCUGGGCAUCAGCCUCACCUGGGCCCUGGCCGCCCUCACUGCUACACCCUUUCUGCUGUUCUCCAGGGUGACAGACGCCCCGCUGAAGCAGCUGCCCUCGGUGUUUCAGGAGCAGUACAGGGGAAAGGUGGUGUGUGUGGAAGAGUGGCCCUCCAGAGAAAUCAAGCUCACCUACACCACUGGGAUGCUGGUGCUGCAGUACAUCACUCCUCUCACCUUCAUCUUCAUCUGUUACCUGAAGAUCUACACUCGUCUGCAGCGGCGUAAUAACAUGAUGGAUAGAAUACGUGAAAACAAACACCGUAGCAGUGAGACUAAACGGAUAAACAUCAUGCUCUUUUCCAUUGUCGUGGCAUUUGCGGUUUGCUGGCUCCCGUUGAACGUCUUUAACGCCGUCAUCGACUGGAACCAUGAAGUGGCUAUGAACUGUACCCACAAUCUCCUGUUCUCGCUGUGUCACUUGACUGCGAUGUGCUCGGUCUGCAUAAACCCCGUGUUCUACGGCUUCCUAAACCACAACUUCCAGCGGGACCUCCGGGCUUUCCGACUCUGCAAGAUUGUGUCAGUACGGGAAAAUGAAUAUGACAUGGUUGCCAUGUCCACUAUUCACACGGACGUGUCCAAGGUGUCACUGAAAAAUAGUAGCAUAGAUUUCUAGUGACAGUGACACUCGUGUCUGUUUUGAAAAAUGCAUCUCUUUAGAUUUAGUGUGCAUUUACAGUGAAAGUGAAUGUUAGUAAACAUAACGAUUGCUGUCUUAUGCUUCGAGAAAGCAACUAUUUUUCAAGCUGUGUAUUAAAGUGUAAUCGUAACAUUGUACAUACAAAAUCAAGAGAGGAUGCUGAAUAGCUUUCUUCCAAUGUCCCGCAUCAGCGAGGGCUCAUUGGGACCAAGUGAAAAUCUGAAGACAUUGUACACGAAUCGUAUGAUGUUCAGAUGAGUGGACUGAGCUUUGAUCACUAAGAGGAAAUCUUCCCACUGCGUGUUUGACUUGGAGUGAAGAAAGAAGGAAAGAUAAUUAAUGCAAAGCCCAAGAGGUCACAAAUUCAAAGAUGUAAAUAAUGAAUGUCAGACUUUUAAGAGAGACACCGAACUGUUUCUGACCUGGAUUAAUUAUUUUUUUAUUUUUUAUUUUUUUUACUUCUGAGUGUUGAAACUAAAACUAAAUUGAUUUCCUUCUUAGUUAUUCCUUGACAAACCAAGCCUGC